CCAACCCACAGUCUAAAAUGCCCCAGUUCUGGAAAAAUCUUUGGCUUGUUCUAGACUCCCUUACAGAUCCACCUAAAAGGUCGCAGGACAGCGUUUUUCGUGAAGUUCCCGCAAGUAGCCGGGGUCUGCAGACUUUUUUGAGUUUGCAAAGAGGCAGGAGACCCAAACGAUUGCUGAUUCCAUCUAUAAGCCGCCAUGUGUCUUUCUCGCCAAGCACUUUGGAGCACCAGAAAAACCGGAAGUUAAUAAUGCAGGCAGAUACAUCGGCCUUUCAGAAUUUCGUGCGGGAAAUGUACGAGGGAUAUUACGAUCUUGUCAUCUCACAGGAGCGAAGAAAACACGGCUUUCAACCAGAUCAACAGCUGAACAUUCGCAGACUGGGAUUCAAGGAUCUCGUGCGACUUCAGGCAUUGGCCAGUGACUUGUGGAAAAGGAUAGACAGGGAACGCAAGCAGAAGUACAAGGAACUGGCCCUGGAAGCACUGCAUCGCCGUCGUUUGCGCCUGCCCCCCGAUCCCUUUCGAAUACCACCACAUAUCAAAAAAUCAUCCAACCAGUUGAAGAAAACUAGAUCCGUUUUUGUUCGAUUUUGAAAAAAAGUGAAUAGCAGGAACCAACAUGUUAAUUUUCCUAUUAAUACUGUAUUUAAUUAUCACGAAACUUUGUGAGCAAACAACCAAAAACCAAAUUUUCGAUUAUUAAAGAAAUGAAUUUAAUGUUUCUUUAGUAAAAAAUUACGUUUACUUUGAGAGCGGGUGGUUAUAAAUUUAAUCUAUUGGAUUGGCUUGUAAACUUGAUUCAAUUUGAUAUGCAUCCUAUUUUUUCAAAGCUUAGUUAAUAAAUGCUUCCUACACUCCAUAGAUGGUUCGAGACUGACCGCAGCUACAUUCGAUUAGCAUACGCAGUACUGUGUCCAUAUCCGGCCUACGUGUGCAUAAUUAGCAGCUCUUUAAUCCGCCUGCGCUUCCAUCUAAAACGUUGGGAAAUGCAAAAGGGAAAACAUUUUUCUGGCUGAGGAAAUCGACGGGGGUCAA